CUCAGUUGCCGGCAAAACGCAGUCUGUCAGUAAAAAUCGAAACGUGGAAGGCGUGUGUUGUCUUGAUCGUUUGGUUUUUAUAAAUAAAUAAAACGUGUCAGUAACAUACGGUUUAUACCCGAAAGUUGUUCAGAAAAAUGUGUGGAAUAUGGGCUACAUUCGGCGUUGAUGGGGGUCUAUCGCCAACGUGCAUCAAGUGUUUUAGCGCAAUCGUUCACCGCGGCCCAGAUGCCUGGAGAAUCGAGCAGGACUCCCGAGAACAGCUGGCAAUACUGGGCUUUCAGAGGCUGGCCAUCGUGGACGGGCUCCAUGGCAUGCAACCGAUGCGACUCCAUCUCUACCCAAGAGUAACUCUCAUCUGCAACGGCGAGAUAUACAAUUGUAACCGACUCCGCAACGAAUACGAGUUCCCGUACGAAACAAACUGCGACGUAGAAGCCAUCAUCCACUGCUAUAAGAACUUUGGUAUCGCUGAAACUGUUCGAAAGUUGGACGGCGUAUUCUCCUUCUGCCUCGUCGAUGGGGAUGUAAGGAAAGUAUUUAUCGCCAGAGAUCCAUACGGCGUGCGUCCACUGUUUAAAAUGAGCGACGAAGAGAAUGGUGUAUUGGCUAUUUGCUCAGAAGCUAAAGGCCUUAUUGGGUUGAAACAAAAAGCCUCAGAGAAAUCCACACUGGGACAGUUCCCUCCUGGUCAUUUUGAGGAAUGGGAUAUUUGUGAAAACAACAAGGUCAAACUUAACUAUGCUGAACAAUAUUUUCAACCUGGCACACCCCCCAAAUUUACACCUUUCGUUGCUGAAAGUGAUUUACAAAAACUCAACAUUAAUGAAAAAAUUGCUGCGUUGUUGGAAGCUGCGUGUAAGAAACGGUUGAUGUCAGAGAGACGCAUAGGAUGCUUGUUAAGCGGAGGAUUAGAUUCGUCGCUGAUAACUGCGUUGGUGGUAAAACUUGCAAAAGAGCAUAAGCUACCGUAUAAAAUACAAACAUUUGCUAUAGGUAUGGGAGAUUCACCGGAUCUAAUAUCUGCAAGAACGGUAGCUGAUUACCUUGGAACAGAGCAUCAUGAAGUUAUUUUUGACGAGAACGAUGUAAGACAAGCAUUGGAUAACGUUAUUUACCAUUUGGAAUCGUACGAUAUAACAACGAUUCGAGCAAGUUUGCCUAUGUAUCUUUUAUCAAAGUACAUCAAAGAGAAAACUGAUACUACAGUAGUUUUUAGUGGAGAAGGUGCUGAUGAGCUAGCACAAGGAUAUAUUUACUUUAGGGAUGCACCAACUGAAAAGGAUGGCCACGAAGAAAGUAUACGACUGCUGUCAGACAUAUAUCUAUACGAUGGGUUAAGAGCUGAUCGGACAACCAGCUCCUUCAGCUUAGAACUCCGCGUGCCAUUUUUGGAUAUACAAUUCACUAGUCAUUAUUUAAGUAUAGAUCCAAAGCUGAGACAACCCCAAGAUGGUGUAGAAAAACAUCUUCUGAGGAGUAGCUUUGCUACAAGUGGUUUGUUGCCAGAUUCAAUACUAUGGAGACAUAAAGAAGCAUUCAGUGACGGUGUCGCAUCAGUUAGGAAGUCUUUAUUUACAACAAUAUCAGAAAUAGUAGCAGAGAGACAGCCUUCAGAUAAUCAGAAAUACGAAGGUGUGCAACCCACAACGGCGGAGUCAAAGUACUAUAGGUACAUUUUUGAAAAAUCAUUUCCAGGACAACACAACUUCACGCCUUAUUAUUGGAUGCCGAAAUGGGUUAAAGUUUCAGAUCCCUCAGCAAGAUUUAUCAAACACUAUGCUGCAAAAUAAUUAUUGCAUUUAUAAUAAAAGUUUGUUACAUCAUUUUGUAUUUUGAUUUUUAAAAUAAGACAAGUUAUAAAUGAGUCAAUUUAUUUCAUAUUGGCAUAGCAUACGAAG